UGCGACAUGGUCGUUUACUAUCUGUAGUAUAUCGUCCUACCUUAGUUUUGUGGAGAGUUGAUGGUUAGUUUGCGAUUGUUUUUCUAUAUAGAUAUGUACAUGGUGCAUGCACAUCAAUGUACUAUAUUAUACUAUAGUAUAGGUAGUAUGGUGUUGCAAGAAUCACCACUCACGUUUUGCCUUUCACAGGUAAUUCUGAAAUCAACUGCGGAGUAUAUAGUGAGAAUACUGAGUACUUACUAUCUGUCGCACUGUAAAGAACCAACGAGGCAAAAUAGUAGUAGUGGUGGUAGUAUAGUAAUAGUGACGUGUCUGUGGGCCCAAUACCACAGAAAUCAUCGCAAGACAUAUGGAAUAUGAAUAAUAUGAAUUAAGACGAGAAUGAGACAAAGGUUGGGUUGGCUGGGUGGUUGGUUG